CUGAAGGGCAUAUCUCUCCGAUGCUGCCGCAAGACUCGAAUGUAUCACUGUCAACGCUCUUUAACACGUUCAGUGUGCCGGAUAGGGAAAAACUUUCUGCCUGGUUGAAGGGAAUGACCCCUCAGCAAAAACAGCAGUUCACCGCGCGUAUUGAAAGUUUGGAUACUCGGAAAAAAUGGCAACUUCUGGUAGAAAGUUGUAGCCGUCUCGGUGCAAAUCAGCCUCCGGUGUUGGGAGCUGGCGUUGUGACUCCGAAGCAGACGCAGGCGAUGGCGACGCUCGUGGAAACUUUGGGCCCAGCCCAGCAACAGUUCAUGCUGCAGAGUUUGAAUAAAGCUGCUCGUGGUCACAUCUCUCCAGUGAUGGGAGGAGCCACCCCUGUAACAUUUCCAAUCACGAAUAGCUGGGUGACUGGCAGCAACUCCCAGAGACAUCUCUCUAUGGGCGACGGACCACCAGAUUUGCAACCAUCCACCCAAACCGUUCCGAAUGGUAACGGAUCCACGAAUGCUCAGCAGAUGGCAACCGUUUCUAGCGGCCAAAGUUCCCCUUAUAGUCCGUUGCCACCACCGUCCCCGAAGACUCUGGUUAACUUUGGUGGAUCACUCGAUGGUCAGCAGAACCUCAAUCCUGGCCCUGGUGGAGAUCCUCUGAUCCAAUCAUCGAUGUUAAAUGGAGGCAAGCCUGGAAACAACUACCAGAACCAUCAUAGGCGCAUCUCCAGUGGCACCAUAUCACUGCCUUCUCCAACAAUAAUGCUCAGCGGAAACGUGACUCCAACCUUUCCAAAUGGGUGGCCUAUCAAUGGUCCUGGUUCGAGCCCUCCUAUGCAUCCCUCGAUGUUCAAUGGAGGAAUGCCGGGCAGCAAUAACCAGCAGAGACGCCUUUCUAAUGGGAGCAUGCCACCACCUUGAACGGUCCUGGUUCGAGCCCUCCCAUGCCACCACCAAUGUCGAGCAGAGCCAUGCUUGGAAACAACCCCCAGAGACGACCUUUCAAUGGCAGCUUGCCACCAGAAUCUCCGUCAAUGAUGGUCAAUGGGAGUGGAACUCCGAACGCUCAACGAGAUCGAGCUACAAGUGGACCUGGUUCAAGCUCUCCAAUGCAGCCAAUGCCGAACGGUACCCAGAUGCCCACUCAGGGACGUCCCAGUAGUGGUCCGAAUGCACGACCUCCAAAUAUGCUGAACGAAACCGAUAGCUUGCCGGAAGGGACCGUGGCUAACGC